GGAAAAGAGCAAGGGGGUGGGGACUAUUCCAUUUUCCUUGGGAGGGUGGCAGUGGCAGUGGCAGUGGCAGUGGCAGAGACAGAAGCAGAGGCAGAGAUACGGAUACGGACAGAGGUUUUUGAUGUAUUGGGUUUUGGUUUUGGGACUCUCUCUUUUUUCUUUUAAAUAUUUCUUAAAAUUUUAUUUAUUUAUUUAUCUUUCUCUCUGUCUAAUAGGAUUUAGGAAUAAGGGAAGAGGAGGGGGGGGGGUGAGAGGUGUCCUGUCCUCGUGAUCGGAGAAGGGCAGAUCCAUGGAAGACUGUUCCCGCUAGUCACGUGGGUUCUUUUGACUACUCCAAUGACCAACUCUCUCUCUCUCUCUGAUACCCAACCAACCAACCUCACUAUAAAUUUGAACCCAAAAUGAAUCAUUUUCUAACACAUCCAUCCCCCCCAACUCCAACUUCUCAAACAGCACUCCUGCCCACAAACACUCUCUCAUUCACUCCGACUGACUUGUUCUUUUUUGGUCUUUCUGUUCCUAUACUAUGCAAAACCUGGCUCCACCUCUGUGUCUUCUUUUUACUAUAAAUACGUGUGAGUGACUGAAUGUAUUUCAUCUGUUUCAUUUCCAUUUGACGACAACCUCCACUGCUCCUGCUGACUGUUAUUUCGCCAUUUUAUAUAUUAGAUUUCCGCCUUUCAAGCUACCAGACAACACUUCACUCCAUAUACUCUCUUCUAUUCAAACACUAUUAUUAUUACUGCCCUAUUGCCAUUUCCUCCUCUUUAUUAUCGACAAAUUCCUUCAGCCUCCUUCUUGCCAUUGACCUCAAUAUCGGUUUUCUGUUUCUAGUUUUGCCAUCUUGACAUCACAUAUACUUCGGAGAUAACGUUGAUUUUUGAGAGUGAUGAUGCAUAGAUGCAGUAGCAACACGGUGGGUCAAUGUACAUGUGGUCUCUUUCAUACCCAAACCAACUCUUUCACCAUGUUAUUUUCCAUGCCAAAUAACCACCCUCACAACUCUUACGAUGAAACAGAUAUGUACCCUUUUCCUUCCUCCUCCUCCUCCUCUUCUUCUUCUGUUGAUUGCACUCUCUCUUUAGGUACCCCUUCCACUCGUCUAUGCGAAGACGACGACAAAAGAUCAAUCUGCCAUGACCGCCGCCCUACCUCUUGCAUGUCCAACUUCUGCUGGGAUAUUUUGCAAAACAAAAACACCCCUUAUUCUCCACAAAACCAUAAGACCACCGCCCGCGGCAGCAAUACUACUACCAACAGUAACUCCGCCAAUAACGAUCCACUCCUCGCUCGCCGCUGUGCAAACUGUGACACCACCUCUACUCCUCUUUGGAGGAAUGGUCCAAGGGGGCCUAAGUCACUCUGCAAUGCAUGUGGAAUUCGGUUCAAGAAAGAAGAGAGAAGAGCCACUGCUGCAAAUAAUGCAAGCAGUAAUGCUGGAAGUACAUCAUCAGGAACAAUGGAGCAACAUUACGCUUAUCAAAACAAUUCAUGGGUUCAAACGCAGAAAAUGCAGUGCUUCUCUCCAGCCAAUGAAUUCAGGUUCAUAGAAGACAGCGAUCGGGAUUCUGAUACGGGCAUUCCUUUCCUCUCUUGGAGACUCAACGUCACAGACAGGCCUAGCCUUGUCCAUGACUUUACCAGAUAAAAGAAAUUUCAAAAACACCCACCUCCUCCCAAAAAAAAAAAAAAAAAAAAAAAAAAGAAAAA